CUCCAACCAUGCUAGGCUUUGCCGACAACACAACAGAAUACGAGCGAAAGCGACAGGAGAGGAUUGCUGCCAACCAGGCACUUCUUCAAAGCUUAGGGAUUGAAAGACCGCCCGCUGCACAACCGUUCAGCAAGGCCAAACGCAAAGCCAAUAGUGAAGACGCUAGCACACCUGUGGUAAAGAAGAAGAAAGUAAAGGUCGUCAAGGAGGAGGCUGUAAUUGAGGAUGAUAGCGAUCAAACCCUAGUCAGACGGUCUCGGCGGUUGCGGGAUAAACCUACGCCCAGUUUGAAAGACGAGAACAUGUACGAAGAAGUGAAGGAGGAGGACGAUGGCUUGGUUUCGGUGCCAGUGAAAGAGAAACUCCGGACCAGAUUGAGUAGAACGAGUAGCAAGAAAGUCCCUCGUGAAAACACAUUUGGACACAUCCCAGGCGUCCCAGUAGGAAGGAGAUGGGCAAUGCGAAUGGAUUGUAGCCACGAUGGAGUGCAUCGACCUCCUGUUUCAGGCAUCCACGGAGGCCCAGACGGAUGUUAUUCCGUGGCACUUAGUGGAGGAUACGAAGACGACGUUGAUUUUGGUGAAGCCUUUACAUACACUGGUGAGGGCGGUCGCGAUCUGUCGGGAACUAAAACAAACCCAAAGAACCUGCGCACAGCUCCACAGUCGAAGGACCAGGUUCUCGACAGAGGGAAUCUUGCGCUAUGGAAGAGUGCGCAAAACGGCCUGCCAGUUCGGGUUGUGCGGGGAUACAAAUUGCCUAGCCCUUACGCUCCGGAAGAAGGGUACAGAUACGACGGGCUAUACAAGGUGGAAAAGGCAUGGAGCGAAACGGGACUAGCGGGAUUUCUGGUCUACAAGUUUGCAUUGAAACGGUUGCCGGGCCAGCCCCCUUUACCACGCAAUGACGAACAAGACGCAAGUUUUUGUUCAGAGGACGAGACCAAAAACGUUAAACAGGUGCCUGAUUCUGAUCAGGAUGUUAAAUCACAAGAGAACGAAUAGGUGGCGAUGGGAACCCGAUGCGUUGGAUGUACUUUGACAGAUCGCUAUCGAGUCAGAUUAAAAUCUAUGCUCAGCACAGUAUCCUAGACAAUCUCCACCGAGGUCACGAUGGUCACAGGCUCAAGAAAGUCAAUCAAAUUGUUGUGCCAAACGGAUAGGCGUGGUCUUGAAUAACCGUGUAGAUGGUCUGUCGCGAAGGUGACAAAGGAAAAUAGUUUAAACGUCCUGCCAUAUUUCAGGGGACUUGUAUAUUAUGACUAGUAUAUAUGUUGACAAAAGUGAAUUUUCUUGAAUACCAUCUUGAUUGAUGUUGGUUGUCGCUGUCCAUUUAACCUGUCAUCGGCAGCUGUUAAAUGUUGGCAGGGACCCAGGAAGGAGAA